CGUGCGCUGUUAUAUGAGACCUAUCCUUCCGUCAUUUAUCCAGGGCUGAGACUUGAGAGGAGCAGUUGCACAUCCUUGUCCGCAAGCCCGUUCAAUCUCGAGUUGAUCGCGGGAACAACCGAGCCGACGCGUUCGCGUCUUUCCCGCACAGUUCAAACACCCCCACACCACGUAUCUCUCUGCGUACCCUCAGAAAGGGCGCCGCACCCAUGGAAAUGCCUCCCAAAGCAGCUGAGGUCCGGAGAAACAAGGCGCGGCCCUCGCGCGGAGGAGCGUCUGGUCGUGGAAGAGGAGGAAGAGCUAGCAUUGGAGGCAGAGACAGCACUGGCGUGGGAAUGCCUGGCCCUGCGCCGAAGACCACCAGACGUCACAAGCCGGGAUCUGUAGCGCUGCGCGAAAUCCGAAAGUACCAGAAAACAACCGACUUGCUUCUGCUUAGAACACCCUUCCAGCGACUGGUUCGAGAGAUCGCGACGAACCAAUUUCCCCAAGACUCCGGCGAACCGUUCCUCUGGCAAAGUACGGCCCUGCAAGCGCUUCAAGAAGCCACUGAAGCAUUUCUCGUCGCCCUCUUCCAUGACACGAAUCUGUGCGCUAUCCAUGCGAAGCGAGUCACCAUCCAACAGAAGGACAUACAGCUAGCUCGAAGAUUGCGUGCAGGUUGGGGCCCAGUUUGA